GACAUGAAUGUAAACGAUCCACCUAAUUCAAAAUUUACAAGAGGAGAGAAAUGUAUAUUCUUUCACAUAGUUCUCGUGUUCGUUGCAAUUUUAAUUAUGCUUAUAAUUUUUAUAAUUCAUUUAUAUGUCGUUCAACAUACUGAAAAUAGUACGGUUAACACACGACGUUCCGGCAACAAAGAUAACAUUCAGGAUUAUCCAUCUAUUGGUGUAGUUUAUGUGGACAUAACACCUAUAGUGACUAUAUGUAACUCCUUGCUCAUUCGAACCAAAUGGUCUAUCUCCCCUGCCAAUUGUGUUGUUACACGAACUCAUCCAGAACUAGCUUUUAUGCUUAUGAAGUGGAGGAUUGAUUACGGACAGGAUACAAUUUAUACUACAAAUAUAAAAAGAAGCGUGCCACACCCACAUUUCGAUAAAGAUACUUUUAGCAAUAAUAUCGGAUUAUUUGAACAUGUGGAUACGAUCCCAUUACAACAUCUGGGUUAG